UAAAAAUAUAAAUAAUGGUUAAUUGAAGAAUUCGACAAAUAAGCGCUUGGUUGCUUGCUUUGUAUCAAUUUGAUUCUGACAUGUACCAUGUAAACCAUGUUUGUUGGACAAUGAACGGUGCAUUGUGAACGAGACAAGCGACAUUUUGUUAUUUUUUUCAUGUAUUGCCAUGCCAGUCAACAUUAUUUGUAUUGCAUUGUAAUUAAUUGUGUAUAGUUCUGUAGUAAAUUAUAUGUGAUGCUGUUAACAUGAAUAUUUAGAGUCGAAAGUGUCUCGCGUCUAAUACGUUUACGUGGGCAACGGCAACGCGUUUCAUUUUCAGGCAGUGCGAUGUUUCAUUGUGUGGACGCGUAGUUGAUCUGAAACUUGUGUACAGUUAGUCGCGCUGUGGGACGGGCGUCGGCGUCUCGAUUAUCGCGGUAUCGGGCUGAAAUGGCGAUGCCCGAGCAAUUCUCUUUACGAUGGAACGAUUUCCACGCGAAUCUAUCUCAGUCGUUCCACGCGUUGCUGGAAGGCGAGGACUUGGUGGACGUGACACUGGCAGCGGGCGGGCAGUAUGUGCAUGCUCACAAGCUCAUACUGUCCGUGUGCAGUCCCUAUUUCAAGGAGCUUUUCAAGAUGAAUCCCUGCGAGCAUCCGAUCGUGAUCCUGAAGGAUGUGCCGCAUCAAGAGCUGCGGCAGCUGCUGCAGUUCAUGUACAGGGGUGAGGUACACGUCCGCCAGCAGGAGCUCUCGGGGUUCUUGCACACAGCUGAGCUGCUACAAGUGAAGGGGCUCACGAGCGGCCGAGAGCGCAGUGAAUCCCCGCCACCAGUGGAAGAAACGCCGAAACCCAAGGUCCACCAUUCAGAGACCGACAGCCAACCGGAGUGGGUGCCGGGGGGCGAGGACACAAUAGCUACAGAAGCACCGCCCGAGCCCGAGGUCAAAGAUGAAACCGCCAGAAGUCCACUCAAACGAUUGCUCAAAAACAGUAAAAACAGCUACAGCAUGAAGAAGAAACCGCGACCCGUGAACAGCAGUCCCACGCAUCCCGAGAACGCUGAGUAUGCAUAUGACGGUGAACCGUUGAUCGACUUCGACACCAUGGAUCCGUUUCCGAGUGUGAUGAUUUUACCAGAGUCUGCAAAGGAGUCCACUGGCUGGAACUGCAAAACUGGGGGUGUGAAGUGUCCCUCGUGCCACAGGUUCUUCGCGAACAGGUACAACUUGAAGGUGCACAUACGAGACAAGCACGAUACCAGGGAGGGCACGCUCCAGUGCGACAUCUGCCAGAAGCGCAUGCGCAACCCGUCCUGUUUACGCGUCCAUAUGUACCACCACCGCAAGCAGGCGGCGUACCUCGCCCAGCUGAGCAGCCAGGGUGAUCAAAUGCAGCACGUCGUGCAAAACAUGCUUGGCAGUAAAUGGCGCAAUGAGGCCGCACUCGGCGACUACAGGGAUGACAACUUCCAAUCACCGGCUCAAGAUUCGAAGUCUCCAGAUAAGUAUCAAGCAGCCACCGAGAAGUACCAAGCCACCCCCGAGAAGUUCUCGGCCACACCGGAGAAGUAUCAGACGGAGCCAGCCACCCCUAAGCCGGAGACGGAAGCAGUAUGAUGGGGGCACAGCUCCAGCCGAGAGUACGUCGACCCGUAUCAGCUGUUCUACUCAUUCACACAGCAGUGCUUCUGGAACAAGUAUGUGUUUAAUCCCAGUUACUCCCCCAACACGAAGUACCCCGUCCACCCGUCGCCUCUGCUGCCAUCAAAUGCCACGUGGAGGAAAUAGGACUAUUUCUGACCCUUUUCGAUCUGUUUCUCAAAUACUGUUUGUUAUAUCCAAAUGAUUGGUCACAAUUUUAAUAUUACUGUUGCCAUGUUGUUAUUUGAGUAUAACUCGCUGUUGCCAUGACCAUUUUUAUUAAAUUACUUUUUAUGGCUAUUAAAAAAAAUAUGCUAUAAAAGGUAAUCUUCACGUUAUCUCAACUUUUCUCCUCUCAUAUCUUUGUCACUGUCUAAUUAUCGCGAUUUAUUUAAGAUUAUAUGGCAACACUGUAUGUACUUAUCCAAGGGGGUCAGGAAUGUUUAAUACAGUCAAUAAAUUUAUUAUCACAGAACAUAGAUAGGAUAUAUAGUAAAUUAUAAUUCGAAUAUGUAAAAUUAAAUUCUGCAUACAAAUAUGUAAAUUAUGAUAACGAAGAAAAAUUAAACUGUUAUAAUGUGACAGCCUUUUAAACGCCAUGCUUUGUCUACACGGACACCAUGGAUACUUGUAACGCCAAAUAUUUUUUUUUUUCUAUGGAAGAUAAUUGUAUAUAUAAAGAUUUGUCUCCGUCACUGAGAAGAAGUGGAUAUUUUUUUUUUGUUUAAUUUAUUUAUUUUAUUGCGAGUACUCACUGUGACUAUUUGCUUGUUUAUUACUAACGUGUUACACGUGUAAAGCCGCAGUUAAAAAACUCGAGGUAUUUUUCAGGUACAGGAUUUUUUUUCGUUGAUUCUCUUGUAAUCUUGUAUCGUGAAUGAUGUUAAUAAAAUGGUCACGACCAUUCUAAAUGGGGACGAUAUGCGAUCGCCCCUUAAACACAUGGCGUUUAACAGGUUGUUGCAGGAAAGUUGCACUGUUGUGUUGAUUAUAUACAUUCCACCACAUAAAUUCCAAAGACUGAAGCAUAAAAUAGACGUGUAUAUGCGUAUUCGUUCGCAAAACGACUUAAGGUGAUGUUUCGACACGUGCGAUUUGCGAUAAAAAUGUUUCUAAUUUUAUUAUACACGUAAAACAGUGUUAUAUUAUGAAGCCUGGCUUUAUAACACGUAUAGAAUACGCUAUAUUUUCAUUCAAUGUAAUAUAAUCCAAUGCUCGAACCAAAUAACUUUGUGACUUUGCCGUGAAGUAUUAAAUAAGGGAUAUUGAAGUGUUUAUGGCAUCAGCGUUGUCUUACAAUUGAUUUAUGAAUCGAUUUCACGAGCGUAACAUGUAGAAAUCGUUGUAAUAAAACAAUAAAUAAUAUUUCGGUUGCUGUGUUCAGUAAUCGAUUAUGUAUAUUUAUUAUGCAAUAAGUACUUCAUUAUUUCGAGAAAAAAAAAACGUUGAGUUAUCGCAAGUCGCUAUUAUCGAAAACUCACCUUAACAUACAGGGUGUGUUUAUGAAAAUCGUACUUAGAGUAAAAAAAAAAGCAAAUAAGAGAAAAGCUAGAAUUGUUUAUAUACAUCGAAGUGGACGAUUUUGGUUCACGAUUCCGCGUUGAAUUUAUUUUUUGAUACUUUAUAACGUUUUUUCUUUAAGGUAUUUUUGUAGACAUAAAUUUAACAAAACGACUGAACGUGUUUGAAACAAUUACUGAGAAUUGUGACGGUGUGACCUGAAUGAUUACAGUGAAAGUGCCACGUAUCACUUGUUUGUUGUCACGUGGAUAAGCCAUUUGGCCGACGGUCUACCUAAAAGGAGAUCGGACCUUUUAUUUUUGUACAAUUUAAAUAUAGAUUAAAUUCGAAUUUACGUAUUAGUAUUCGUAGAAGUGAACAUAGUUGCAUUUUUUUAUAUAUAUAUAUAUUGUUCAAAUUUGUAUUGCGGUAGCUGCCAUAGUUGUUGUAGAGUUAAAUUUCAGCACACCCUGUAUUCCAAUAUUCCCGUGCCGCCUCAAUUAGACUUAAAUAAGAAUCUGGUCACAUUCCGUGGCGAAUGAAAAAAAAAAUAUAUAUAUAUGAACAGAAUCAGUACAAUAUGAAUCUAGGCAGCUAGAAGGAGCUAGAAGUAAGUAACGUUGCCAUUCAACAGAUAUGUACAAAGCAAAGAUCCCUCCCCUCCCCUCCCUAAACAUUUUGAUUAUGCUUAAUCAAAAUAAACGGUGCCACGCCACCCCAAAAAGCAUAACCUUACAGUACAAAUAAUUGUAUAUUUUCAUCUACGUAUGCUUUACUUAGUUUUAGUUUAUAUUUAAGUAUAUUGGAUAUAAAGACGGAAUAAUUUACACGUACAAGUUAGUCCGUUAACGAAGUAUAUAUAUUUUUAUGGCUCGUUCACAAGUCGUUGAUACUGGCCGCUAGCGUAGAUAGAAGACUGUUCACAUUAUGGCCGUCCGCUGCGAACAUUUUCUCGUGUGGCAACACUGUAAACUUUAGACGCAUUCCAAAUAUGAUAAUUUGAAUUACCCGAUACACAACAUUGAAGCAUGUCAGGGUUUGUUAAUUUUUUUUUUCAUGUAACGUGUAUUAGGUGUAUUUAUAUACAGCUUUAUGUAACCAAAACGAUUAAUUUUUAUUUUUAUGAAAUAAAUAACAAUUAGAUAUUUUGAAAGGCCCGUCUUUCACAUAAGACGUUAGGCAGUGUAUCAACAACUCGUGCGGCGAGCCCCAAAUCUAUUAUACAAGGGUUGUUUAGGUAUAUUAAGUAAAUUUAUACCUCAAUUAUUAAAAUGACUGUUUAUGUAAGAUAUCGUCCCUUUUGGUUCACCUUUUUUGAAAUUAUUUUAUUGAUAGUUUGUCAUAAUAUUUUCUCUUCUAAGUGUUAAAUUAAAGCUACAAAAACUAAGGUAAAAAUAAUGACCAGUAUGCGGCCGCCGCGCGGCGUGUAACAUGAGACCUAGUUGUCUUAUUGCGUGUAAACAAAACUUAAUAUAUAAUGUAGAGGUGAGCGGCCGUUUCUGGUGCGGUUGAAGCGUUUGAAAGCUUUAAUAAAAACUGUCCCAUCGCUGCAAAGUCGGAACGUAUUUAGUCAUUAGCUCUCUUAAUAACUUGGUGAACCUACGGACAUUAUUUCUUCGAUCCGCAUAUAUAUAUGUAUAUAUAUAUAUUUUGGUGCGAUGUAAUUAUAAGAUUUAUAUAUGUAAAUUUUGUAUUGACGCGUUCCGUUUCGCGCACGCGAAACGUCAUUAGUCGGACUUUUAAUCACGUGCAGUACAUUGAUAUUGCAAUGUUGCCAGUUAGGAAAAAUAGUGUUGUGCAAUAGUGAUCAUUUAAACGACUCAAAGUCAAAGGUCGGUCUACAGCGAAUAUUAGAAAUAAAAGGCGUACGCGAAUACUGCGCAGCCUUUGACGGAAUUAUUAUUAUUUAUUUAAAUAAACCACUAAAUAUCACAAUUAUUUUUUGACCAGUUGUUAAAAACAACGGAUUGAUCACAAAGUGAAAGGUUUUUUUUUUCUUCGAACUACUGUUCAGGACUGGGGAAGUAUUUUUGCGGAUGUCAGUGUACCGCGUUGGAAGUCCGGCCGUAGUGUGUGUAUAUUUUGUACCGCAAGUGUUCACCGCAUGGCGAGGUGACGUGUAUGAGAAUUAUAAGCGAAUACGUCCAUAAUCGAUGUAUUUUAUGAUGGUUUGGGUAAUUUAACAAUAAUAUUAAGGGGGUAUAUAAACUAACAUAUCUUACGAAAAGUUAGAUUUAUUAUUAUUUUUCUACAUUCCAAUAGUUGUAAGUAUGCAUAAUCAACCGUUUUAUAUAUAAAUAUAAUUAGCUAUAAGUUUCUAAUGUCUUUAUAAGAUUACAAGGAGAUUAUAAUGACGUUCGCGUAAGUGGAAUCCCAUAUUUCAGUAGCUGUAUAGGUUUUUUUUUUGUAGCAUUUACAAUAUGUUUAUUACCAAAUUUUUUUUAUACCAAUGUUCUUACAUUAGUGUACGUAAUGAAAGGUGCAGCUAGGAGUACCGUUACGUAACCGGAGCGCUAUUUACGCUCGAACCGCUUGUAGAGCUCGGCAAGCGAGUAAUGCACAAGCGUUCUCAUACUCUCUCUCUGUCUCUAUAUAUAUAUAUAUAUGUAUAUAUGUAUGUAUAUAUGUAUAUAUAUAUAUAUAUAUAUAUAUAUAUAUAUAUAUAUAUAUAUAUAUAUAUAUAUAUAUAUAUAGUUGUUCGGUCUAAAUACUCAACAUUUGUGGCCAAAUAGAAUAUAUGUCAUGUCUCUAGCGUUUAUUGUAUUACUUGCUAGGCUCGUGGCUAUAGUUUUUUUAUCUUGGGUCGACGGCGCGCGUCUCCAUGUCCCAAUCGCAGGUUGGCCUAGUGUUGUUUGUUGUUCUAGAAUGUAAACCGUGGUAUAUAGUAUAAGUGUUGCCCACAGUGGGAUUCGUGCGCCGGUCCACUUGCACGGUGGAUACAUACUGUGUACAAUUUAUACGUGUCUUAUGAUUACAAAUGAUACAUUCCAUUCUAUUAAGACAUUCCAUGUUUCGAACAAAAAGUAUUUCUUAGAGAAUUGUGCUCAAAUUUAUUUUUUUCUUUAUAUUUAUUAAGUAUAUACAACCAUGACAUUGUUAGGUAUUAAUGUUGUAAUGUUAGUUUAUAAGUAUGUAUUGUAUAGAGGGCCUUUUUUUUUUUUCUAUUUUUGCGACUUGACGAACGUUGUCUCGGCAAUGUAAACAGGUGCGUCUAGGUGAACGGUAUUCGUGUGUAUUAAGGUGUCGUUGCACGCAUUACUUGAGUAUAUCAAACGUUGCAUGGAUACUUCGUUUGUAUAAAACUCAUAGCCCUGAGCAUUUUACAGUUUAUUGUAUUUAUAUAAAAUUUUACCCAAUGUUCUCCCAGUAAAAUACAAUCGAAUUGUAUUCAUCUAUAUAUUUUUUUUUUAAUUUGGCAAUCAUUCUCCAGUUUUUUUUUUAAUUUAUUUUACAAUAUAGCUUAAAGCAUUUUUUUUUUGUUAUAUUUAUUUUCGAAUAUACUCAGUCAGGGAGUUUUAUACAAGUGAAUUUUAAAUGAGCGUAAUUUUGUCUUAAUAGUUUUUAUAUCAGGACUUUUGUAUACAUAUUUACAAUUUUUUUUUCUAUUGUAAUUUAUUCUCUUUUUUGUAUGGUAUUUUUUUUUGUUAGUUUUUUUUUUUUUCAAAUCAUCCGUUUGCAUACGAGGUAUUUAAGUUUGUUCUGCAUAAUAUAUUUUUUAAAUAGCCCCUCUGAGGAUCGUCGGCAUAUUUGUCCCCGGAUGAUGUUGAUUGUCAUCUAACGUACAAUAUAUAUAUUUUUUUUCUUAUUAAUUAUCCACAAUAACCAUUAUAUAGUAUAUAACGAAUCAUAAUAAUAUACAUGUUUAAUAUAAUGUAAUUUAUCUCUGUCUAAGAGGAAUAGUGGUCCGUCCACUAGGUUUUAAUGAUGACACGACCGCCAGAGGGCGUCACUUUAGUUUGUAGUAAAAAUUAUGGGGUUAGUUUUGGUUUAAUUUUUAAUGUAAUAAAGAUAAGAUUGAAAAGGAGAUCAGUGGAUCCCUUUGUGGAGAUCGAGACGGUCGUAGUAUAUCACCAGUUGCUAGUAUUUAUGGACUGUUCUAUCUCUGUGCUCGCUCGGGUCCGUGUGGUCGCAGGUGGAAGUUGUUAUAAAUUAAUAAAAAAAAAAAUGUACAAAUCACAGGAUCAUAUUUAUUUCCACAGUUAAUUAAACGGAACAGAUAAUAUUGGACAAUAAUCCAUGAUUAAUACAAAAACUUUUUCAUAGGAAGCUAUUUCUCUAUUUUAUUUCGUCAUAUUUCAAGUUUCCUCUUAUUUCGGUCUUCGUGGUGUAGUUGUUUAACACACCGCUUCAUAUUACGUUGGUAGCGAGUUCAAUCCCUCGACAAUAUAAACAUUCAUAUCCAUACAAAUAUAUAUUUGUGUUUAGGUAAUUAGCUUUGGAUAUUUUAUAUAAUUAAUUAGUAUAUAUUUACAAAAAAAAAAUAAAGUAUUUAAACACGUCUACUAGUUGUAAAAAUAGUAUAAAUUCACUUUGUUUGCAACUAGAUGGCGUUGUUAUUACCCAGUCCAUAUGCCCAGUGGUAUUUAUUUAUUUUGCUAAUGUAAUGUGCUUUGAACCCUGUUUAUUACUUGUCACAGCCUAGAAUUGAAAAGAAGUGUUAGUAUGAUAAAGGAUCAAUAUGUUUUAAUGGAUUAGGUAUUGUUUAUUUAUUUAUUUAUAGCAACACCAACAGCAUAUUGUAUUAUAACACAUAUAAGAAACAUUAAAUAUGCAUAUGCCUAUUAGAAGUAUUCACAGCAUUUACUCUAACAUAAUUAUACAGUAUGAAAGGAAAUUAAAUAUAUAAAGCAAUUAACUAAAUAUUAGAUUACAAAUAUUUUAAAUAUUUCAUUAUUUUUUAUGGAAAUAUGUAUAUAAUAUAACCGGAGUUGUGACUAAUAUCAGUAAAUGAAUUAAAUUGACAAGUAUUAUUAAUAUAUAUUUAUUAUUAUAAUUAAAGUUUAUUAUUAUUAUUAUUAUUAGAUUAUUCUACAAAAUGUUUUAACAAUUUAUUCCUGUAGGAAGACAGACUAUCACGUGUCAGGUAAUUUAGUAUUAAUAUCAUUGUAUAAAGUACGAAUCCAUUUCGUUGUAUAUUGUUUUACGCAGGUCUAUACCACUGGUUAGUCGAUUGAAAUUGAUUUUGUUUAAAUGCGUAGACUGAAUGACAGCGUUUGGUGAUUAAUAGAGGGGGUCGUAGUCUCUUCUAAUGGUAUAAUGUUGGCAGUCCUACGCACAGUUAUGGUAGAUUAGAAGCUACUGUCACGUUGACCAAACGGUUUAUUGCCUUGGUAAGUUUAUUAGAAUUAUUCGGUUUAAUACCGCUAACAUUACUGCUCAUACGACCGCCAUCAUUAUACCAUUAGAAGAGACGAUACGACACUCUCUAUUAGUCAUUAAAGGCUGAACAGUCUACGAAUUAAAAAAAAAAAUCAAUCAACAAACCAGUGAUAUGGACUACCGUAAAACAAUAUACAAUGAAAUGGAUUCGUACUUUACUAAAUAUACAAUUGGGACUUAAUGCGACGUAAAACCUUUGCAGGUGUACUAUUGUACCUACAGUUUCUUUAUUGCCGACGUUUCGACGUCGAUUGCAUUACGUCGUGCUCGUCCUGGUCACGUGGUCAGGACGUGGUGGUGUCCAUCUUGGUGCCUUUUCAUUGCGUAAAGUUCCGAUUGUGUAUUUAAAAUAUGUGCAAACAAUGCGAAAGUUUAAAAUUAAUAACAAAUUCAGUAAAAUAUUUAUCAUUCUACCAUUUCUUUUCAACUAUAAGGUGUGGUAAGAUGUAUCUUGUGGUUAAAAGGCACAGCAUUGGUGUAUUGUUGAUAGGGAGUUAUCAUCACAUUCAGUGUAUUUCUAAAGUAAGUCUAUCAGCGUCGUGUUGGUUCAGGAUUGUUAAGAGUCAGGUUCAGAGAAACGGGGAUCACCGUUAAAGUCUAUGUAUGUAUGGUAUAAUAUUGCCGUGUAAUUAACGACUUGUGUAAACUCUGAUGUAUUGUUACAAAAUAUUAUAGUUAACUGAGUAUUAUAUGAAACUAGUGACAUUUAUUGAACUUAUCUAAGACUGUAUCGUAUAUAUAUAUAUAAUUAAUGUCUAAAAAUACCGGUAAAAUCCUUAGCCCGUGUCUAAAUUAGUUAAGUAAAAAAUAGCUAAAAGCAAACACGCCAAUCAAUCAUUAUACAUUACAAUAGGAAUUCGAUUCUUUAUUGAAAAUAUAAGACAUCCGGUAUAAGGUUACGAGCUGUGAAGUUAAUUUACAUAUUUUUUUUUUCAGAGACGUUUAAUACAAAAUAAUUUUCGUGACGUAACAAUUUGACAAGUAUGCAAUCGUAAAUCGAUUUAAUCGGUUUGACGUAAUCCAUCCGCCGCAAUGUUUUAAAAUAGGAUAUUUCAAUUGAAAUUUAAUAUAAUUUAUAUUUUCUCUAUUAAUUCGGAAUAUUGUUUAUAACUAUUAAUCACUCUUUACCAACGUGUAGUGUAGACAACCUAUAGGUUUCUAUGCUUGCCACAUUUGGUAAAAACGAACAGUGUAUAAAUACUUAAAUAAAUAAAUGUUUUUACAAUAAUUUGACAUUAAAUAUUAUAUGAUUUAAUUAUUACAUUCUUAUUUAAUUUAUUAUUCAAUGACUAAAUUCCAUAUACACAAUAAGAUUGUUGACCACUAGCGCUAGGAGUACACAGAACGUAUAUGAAAUAAUGAAUAAUAUACUCAAGUGAACUCAAUAAAUGCUUUAAUUUUAUGUUGUAAUUAGAUGUGCCGUCAAGUCGUCGGAUCUGUCUUUUCUAUUAAAUCAUCAUCAUCAUCAUUAAGAUGUAUACAUACAUUAUACACAUAUAUAUAUAUAUAUAUAUAUUUCCCAGAAUGAUACGUUCCGUUUUCACAACUAGUUCACGUGACGACAGUUACCAAAAAAGUGUUGCGAAAAUGGAUUCGAUAGAGAUUUUUCAGUGCUAUCUUAAAUAUAAAUAUGUAUGUAUUAACGUUGACUGUCUCCCUUUAGUAUUUAUAUAUUAAUUAAUAUAAAAUUGAAAUGCGAUGAAAAAGACUUAGAUAGUUUUUUUUUAUACGUUCGUCUCCGACUCUUGUCGGAGCUCUAUCGUCGAAUUUAUAUUUAGAACGUUUUUUUUUUAUAAGAAAAUGUGUAAUGUUGACAAUAGAUUGUCAUAUUGGCCAGUAUUCUAAAUAAGGGUCGAGAACAGAACUGGGAUAUUUGCAAUUCGUACAUGCAACAAAUUCGUACAAUUGAAAUGUAAAUUUGAAAAAUAAAAACUGAUUUACUGAGAAGUAACUUUAAUAGACAAUUUAUUUAGGAUGGGAAUACUUAACAUAGGUUCUCCAUUCUUAAAUAGUAUCCGAGAUAACUUAUAUAUAGAAGAUAAAAAAAUCAAAGGUAGUCUGAAGGAGAUUGCUUAGCAAUAAGUCUUGUCUCUUGUAAUAUACUAUACUUAUUGAAAAUCCUUCAACAAUUCAAGUAACAUUUAUAAUAAUAAUAAUAAUACUUUAUUAUGCAGACUACAAUGCGGUCCAAUUUUGUUAGUAACAAUUUUCUUACAAACUAUGUUAGAUUUAUGCAGUAAAGUGUUAAAUAAAUAAAGGGAAUCCAAGUACGAAUGAUUAAAUAAUAAAUAUAAACAAAAUAAACCCUGUUCUCGACCUUAACCUUAACUUGCAGUGAUAGUAAUACGUCCCAAUGAGAUGGAAUCUCAACAACAUAAGGCUGCUAUAUUAAUGUGUAAUAUUUAACCAACGAGCGUUAUCUGUAGCCGGAAUUAGUAAAUGUAAUAAUUGUUAGGUACCGUUAGUCGCAAGAAGUUUAAAAUUAAAUGGAGACAGCGCAGUAUGACAUUAAAAUUGGCGCCAAUAACAUUUGACAUUGACAUUGGAAAACGUCAAACUUCUCUGUCUUAGCAAUACUGUUGAGUGUAAACAAGAUAGAGGAUAAUUAGCCUUUAUUUGGCACUUCUUUCUAUUAAACUGUUGAACAACGGUACAGUAUGUUUAGCUUGGUUACAGAUAUAAUAGUGUGUAAGCAUUUAAAUUUUUUGGCAGUAAUUUUAUGUUCACUGUAACAUCUCUAUUUGAUGAUAAACUUGAGCGAUGUGUAAAAAUGUUGCUUGUAAAGGGUCUAGGAAACAAUGGGGCCGAUUCUGAAGAGCUAUUUCUCUAAACAUAGUAAUUAAAAAUUAAUAUUUAUGACUUUAUUAGAAAUUUAUUUUGACACCGGUCCUUACAAUAACGAUUUCACUUUAAGAUCAAAUUGAUUUUUUAGAGUUUGGUAAAAAAAAAUGGUUUCAUAAAAUCUACUCUAAUGUAAUUGCUUCUAAGGCGCCAUUCUCUGAAUAUUUCUCAAAAAUUUAUUUAAAAAUUUAGUGGAACUAUUAGAUUAAAAAAGAAAAAAAGCAUCGAAAGGUAAAUUUCAAAUAGUUUAACUCUAUUAUAAAUUAAUCCUCUUAUUUGUAAAAAUAAACUAAAAGCUCCCACAAAUCUAUUUUUAUUAAUGGUACUUUGUCAUUUUCUAUCAAUUUGAGAAUCUUGCGCUUAAAAGAUGAAUACAAUUCUUUAAAUUAAAAAGGCUUAUGUCUGCAUAAGAGGUUUAGUUUUUGUUGCUCAAUGAAAUAAUUAUUUGUCAAUAAUAUUAAUUUUAGUUGUAGAGAGAGAGAGAAAGAGAGAGAGAGAGAGAAAGAGAGAGAGAGAAAGAGAGAGAGAUAGACAUAGAGAGAGAUAGAGUCAGAGAGAAAGAGAGAGAAAGAGAGAUAGAGAGAGAGAUAGAGAUAGAGAGAGAUAGAGUCAGAGAGAGAGAGAGAGAAAGAGAGAUAGAGAGAGAGAGAUAGAGAGAGAGAGAUAGAGAGAGAAAGAGAGAGAUAGAGAAAGAGAGAGAUAGAGAGAGAUAGUCAGAGAGAGAGAAAGAGAGAUAGAGAGAGAUAGAGAGAGAUAGAGAGAGAUAGAGAAAGAGAGAGAUAGAGAGAGAGAGAGAUAGCUUCGGAAUCGACCCCAAUGUGAUAGCGAUGAGAGUUGCGUGAAGAACACCUUUUUUUCCUGGAUAUUACAUAUUUUCGUAAUGAUAUAAUUAUAAAAAUACGUUUUAUUUUUAUAAAUAAUAUUUUUGACACGACCUCUACGGAUGGUAGAAAAAUUAUAGAAGAUUGCUCUUAUUUAUAAAAAAAAUUAAACGUCUUAUAAACCUAUUUUGUCUGUUUCUUUUAUGUUAAAUUUCCAAUUUGAAAGAAUGUGACAAAACAAUAGAAUAGCUAAAAUAGGUUUGUAGAUUUUAGUUUUUUUUUUUAAUAACAGGGUUAAAGUCGUGAAACGAAAAUUAAAUCGAUUUGGUUUAAACUUGAUAGGCUUCAAGCCUAUUUACCAUAUCCAUGUGCGUACUCGUAUACUACAAGUAAAAAUGGAUUAGAAUUAUCACAGAAUAACCUAUAAAUAAAUAGCGAAGUAUUGUACAAAAUAUGACAGCCAUAAUAUUUUCAUUGAACUUCAUACAUAAUAUUUAGUUUGACCAUAAGAAUAAAUAAACGAGGUAAGAGUUAUUCAUGUACUUUUCUUUGUAAAUACCAUAGUAGUGCCAAAUAUAAUUUUCGUCCCUUCCAAAAUUGUAAGGGUUAUAAAUUAAUUCUCAUUUAACUAAUUAAUUUUACAAUUUUUGAUGUUUACGCUACACACGUGCGUGUGAGUGAGAUACACGCUCUCAAUGUAGUCUCUACUCCUUGCAGGCCCUGACUGGUUUAGCUCUUAAACAGAAGGGGGCCAUCAGCGUCCCAAUACAGUUAUUGUUAUUUAUUUCAAUGGAGUGUAAAUUUUACCUGAUGAUUUAUUCUUAUGGUUUCAUGUGAUAAAAUACUCUUAACAUGUCGUAGUUUGCGCAUACUUUUACAUGUAUUUGUAUUUACAUUCAUACAGUUCUUUAAGCCAGUUUCAUCGUUUGUAGCUUUUUGUAUUGUAUGAACAUACCGUAGUCGAUGCUAGGGGUUGGAACAUGUAAAUUCAACUAGAAUCAAAUGUUACUUAAUUAGUACCUAAAUAUUUAAUAUUGCAGUUCUAAAAAUUCCAAAUUUGAAUUUUAAAAAAUAAACAAAUGAAACCCGCACUUUGUAGCGUCUAAUACACUUUGUGAGUCUCCAAACCGUUCGUCCAAAUACGAUCAAUAGAUUAUCAAUCUUAUACAAUGAUAUUACAGUUGAUUUUUCAGAAUAAAUAUUGUGUGAGUAUUUUUAUUUGAAAUAUUUCCAAACCAUACGAGUGGUAGUUAGAUAGUCAAUUAGCCCCUUAUUUAUAUUUAUAUCCAACGUCUCGUAAACCUAUAUGAGCCAAUGGGCUAUUAAAGUGUCAAAAUUUUUCGAAUCAUCAACUUUUACAAAAUACUCAAAUUUUUUAUUACACGUAAUGUAACAAAUUUUUGAAAGUAUUCUAUACUAUACUUGUGGAAGAAACUGCUCAGAAAUAAUAUUGAUUAUUGGUUAAAAUCAACGUGAAUAAUCAUAAAAAUAAAUAAGUUGGGCAGAAGCGACACUCAUAUAAUUUUGCCUCCAAAAUGUAUUGACUUCAGAACCCGCUUAUAAAUAUAUCUUUCUUUCUUAGGGAAGAUUGCCAUUUAAUAUUUUUUCUAUAUGAAGCAACUCGCGACACGCGUGCGAGUGGGACGUACGAUGUUGCUGUUACAGCUUUAAUCACAGCAAGGUCUGCGGCUGCUAAUGGAUUUAUACUGGAUCCAUUGCUCCUCCAUCCAAAGGCUGCCUGUAAGGGAUCGCUUCCAGUCUUAAGGCCCUUUCGUUUUCCCAUUACGAUUGUUUCUUGUAAUUGUUUACUACUGUAAUCUUUUGGAGGAAACUAGGAAGGCUUCUGUCUGAUUAUUUAUUUUUAUGCCAUAACUAAAGGUGCUCGAGCAGCCAUAAUCCUGGCUUAUAGACCAAGUGUACCAUACGGAUCGAUAUAUUAUUUUAUAUACUCAUUUCUGUAUAGUUGAGUUUUUAAACGGUCUUCGGUGUGCGUGACGGCCUGUAGUGCUUCUCUCUCGUCUGUUUAUUGAUAGACAGAGACGUAUAUAUCAGUGUCCGUCCACCGCACCGCCCGUUAAUUUGGAUUUUGAUUAAAUAGGAGAUUAAUAAGUUUGUGAACGUAAUCACUGCAAUUUUCGAGUGUCUAAUUUAGUUUUUUUUUUUGGUGUAAUUUUGGAAAUACGCAUUUCUUUUUUUUUAUUUACAACGAAUUAUCGGUUACCCUAUUGCAUAUUUAUUUAUGUAAACUCUAUAAUGCUCUCUACAUUGUGAUCAUACAGUGGUAUGUUAUAUUUAAGACAUAUUAUUUAUACGUACGAAGUGUACUCUUUAAGUUUUAAAUAGUGAUCUAGUUUGCCUGUGUAAUGUAAUGUUCAAUUUAGAUGUCAAAUUAUGUAAAUUUUCUAAGAACAGUGUUGAAAUGUAAAAAUAAUUAAAAGUGUUUGUCAUACGGUCAGCAUGAAAAGUCGAUGUUACACAUUAUAGUUUUCAAAACACAGUUGAUUACUUAUUUAAGUGCAUAUAUUCAGCUAAUAUUUUUUUUUACAAUGCCCAUGUAAUUUUGGUGCUAAUCCUGUUUAGCGAAUUGCAUAUUCAAUGGAUUUAGAAGGGAUUUUAGAAAUAAGAGUACAUUUAUUUUUCGUGUUGACUGUACCUGCUUUAAUGUAUAGGGAGUCAUUGUUGCAACUGUCACGAUAAGAAUUGAUUCAAAUACAAGCGUCAUUACGAACGAUACAAUGGUAAAGCAUAAAAACAUGGGUCGAUUCUGAGGUGUCAUUCUUUUAAACGUAUCUCUAAAAUUAAUAUUUCUAUUUGAUAUAACAGCGACAUCUGUUUUCUAAGGACCGGUAUGAACUAAAUUUUUAAUAGACUUAACUUUAUUGUAAAUUUAUUUUAAAAUUGUCCAUAAAACAGAAGUUUCGCGAAACUAGCACCUUGAAAUAUUAGAUUAUGGGGAUACGUUUAGGUAAAUGGCGUCUGAGUAGCGACCCCCUUGUGCAGGCAAGACCGAUAUCUUAAAGGAAAAUGUAUUUAUAUUAACACGUUAAUAAAAUAUCAAAAUGGCCGUUCAUUUUGUAUGAAGCUUGUCAACGAUGAUGUUAUUUGUCCUUUUGACCUCUCCAAUUGGAUUUAUCCGAACCUAUGUUUGUUUGCCUCUAUUUAUUCAGCUUUCUACUACAUACAUAUUACAUAUAAUAUACAAAACUUUACGAAAUUUUAAUAUCAUAGUUAUAUAGUCAGAGAUUUUUAAAAACAAUGUGCACUAUAGUUUUUUUUUUAAAUUUGUUUAGUGAAAAUGUUAAAAGGUCAAACACAACAAAAACAGGUUAAUGCUACCUGUUUGGAAAUACUUACCGCUUUGUCACUUCUGUCCUGUUUAUAUGGGGGAUAGGUUUUGCACAUAGUGUGAAACCACAAAACACAAGAGGAUCGAGGUACACUUACAGCGCUAGUGUUUCCGAACUGGCCCUCUGGACAAAUGGCGAGCGAAUUCGUCGAUGGAAUCGACGUCGCUAGCGACUCCGUGAGUUGGAAUGAGACGUCCGACAUUGCUGUCUUAUUCUAUCCCGCGGACUCGCUAGCGAUGUUGAUUCCAUCGAUGAAUUCGCUUGUCCCUUGUCUAGAGGGCUUGGACGGUAAAUUAAGUGAUAGAAUUAGUAAAAUUUAUAAUCAUAGGCGUAUUUAGACGGAUGGGAGGGCGGUUGGGUUAUGCCCACUCUGGAAUUGUCUAAUGCCCACCACAAGGUGCAGACAAAGCUUUGUUAAGACUUGUCUGAGAGUAUAUACGCGCUUUUUUUUAAGGGGCCACGCCUACCGUGGGAUAUCUUAAUACGCCUAUGUUUAUAAGGUCAGUAUAUUUUUAAAUUAAGGGCCUCAACAUAUGAUUUCACAGUUACACAUAUUGUCUGUCGCUGUACACCUCUUUACAUUAUAACAGGGCAAACUGUCACGUCUCGAAUGUUCGAAUUGUUAUAAAAAACAUUCGUACUGUACUGAUUUCCACUUUUUUCUAACUUCAAUCUCUCGAUUGUACUCAUUGUAUUUCUCUUUAUAUAUAUUUUUUUUAUAUUAGCUUUACAUGAAAUAAAUUAUAAUUUUGUA